AUGGAUUCCUCUCUUGUCCUAGCGCUAAUCGCCGUCGCCUUGCCCGUGCUCCUCCAUCUCCUAACGAGGGUAAAGAAGCCACGGCGGCCGGCCGCGGGCAAGCUGCCGCCGGGCUCCCUGGGCCUGCCGGUGAUCGGCCAGAGCCUCGACCUUCUCCGCGCCAUGCGCGCCAACACCGCCGAGCGUUGGAUCCAGGACCGGAUCCACCGGUACGGCCCGGUGUCCAAGCUGUCGCUGUUCGGCGCGCCGACGGUGCUCCUCACGGGGCCCGCGGCCAACAAGUUCAUCUUCUUCAGCAGCGCCCUGGCGUUGCAGCAGCCCCGGUCAGUCCAGAGGAUCCUUGGGGACAAGAGCAUCCUGGAGCUCAUGGGCGCCGACCACAAGCGGAUCCGCGGCGCGCUGGCCGAAUUCCUAAAGCCGGACAUGCUGAAGCUGUACGUGGGCAAGAUCGACGGCGAGGUGCGGCGCCACCUCGACGAGUGCUGGGCCGGCCGCCGCUCCGUCACGGUGAUGCCGCUCAUGAAGAGGCUCACGUUCGACAUCAUCUCCCUGCUGCUCUUCGGCCUCCAGCGGAGCCCGCUCCAGGACGAGCUUGCCGGCGACUUCGCGCAAGUCAUGGAUGGCAUCUGGGCCGUCCCGGUGAACCUGCCGUUCACGGCGUUCAGCCGGAGCCUCAGGGCCAGCGCCAGGGCUCGCCGGUUGAUCGCCGGGAUCUUACGGGAGACCAGGGCCAAGCUGGAAAGGGGCGAGGCCUCCCGGAGCAGCGACCUCAUCGCAUGCCUGCUCAGUCUGACCGACGACAGCGGCGCGCGGCUGCUGAGCGAGGACGAGAUCGUGGACAACUCCAUGGUGGCCCUCGUCGCCGGCCACGACACGUCGUCCAUCCUCAUGACGUUCAUGGUCCGCCACCUCGCCAACGACCCGGACACCCUCGCCGCCAUGGUCCAAGAGCACGAAGAGAUCGCAAAGAACAAGGGCGACGGCGAGGCCCUGGACUGGGAGGACCUGGCGAAGCUGAAGUACACGUGGCGCGUCGCGCUGGAGACCCUUCGCGUGGUGCCUCCCAUCUUCGGCAACUUCCGGCGAGCCAUACAGGACAUCGAGUUCGACGGCUACCUCAUCCCGAAAGGAUGGCAGGUGUUCUGGGCGGCGAGCGUGACGCACAUGGACGCGGGCAUCUUCCACGAGCCGGCCAAGUUUGACCCGUCUCGGUUCGAGAACCAGUCGGCGGCAGCGGCGCCACCGUGCUCGUUCGUCGCGUUCGGCGGGGGUCCGAGGUUCUGCGUCGGCAUGGAGUUCGCCAGGAUCGAGACGCUGGUGACGAUGCAUUACCUCGUCAGGCGAUUUAGGUGGAAGCUCUGCAGCAAGAACGACACCUUUGCCAGGGACCCCAUGCCGUCGCCGCUGCACGGCCUGCCCAUAGAACUUGAGCAGAAGGCAUCGCCAUGA